AUGAAAACAAAGUUGAGCGGGCAAGAUCGCGGCUUGCUACAACGCAGAGAGGGAUUCCUUGAGCGGCGGCGCGCCUUCAUCAGGCAAAUUGAGGGCUAUGAAGAGUACAAGGACAUCAACCUGGUCGCCCAGAACAAUGUCACAGCCGACGAUGCUGUGCAAUGCAUUAAGGACAAGACAAUGGCAGCCCUUGUAGCUCACGGUCCAACUUCGCGGGAUGGUGUCGGAUUGGUCGACUACAACGUCUCGUUGUCAGUGAUGGAGCUAGCUCAGCGACUCGUGCCCGGUCAGCAUGGCACACUGGUCGAGUUCAUGUCGAAACUGCAGAAAGAGACAGCCAUAGACCCUGGCACGGGUGAAGCACUCAAAUCUGACAAAGAUAUUCUUUGGACUGAUCUACCAUCGUUUGGAUAUACUGAACUAGAGGGAUGGUAUGAGUAUGGGGGCGAUCACCAAGAUCCUUGUAACCCCGACUUUGAUCCAGAGCAACGUGAGCGAUGGGUUAAGCUGAACGCAUUUCUCGCGCAGCUUACCCAGGCCGCUGAUGUCCACUAUGAGUCUCCAGGGGAGACACCCUGCUUUCAUCCACUGGAUAAGUCGCUUCGCGCGACUUGGGUGUUUGAAAUGGCAUUUGAGAAUUUGGAACACUCUCCCGAGAUGCUGGCUCAUACGGCAACAAUGGAAGCCGCUUGCCAGUGGUUUAUUCAAGCCGCCGAUCGAUUGUGGGCUAAUGUCGUGAAUGGCCGCGUGUUUCCACAGUACAUUGAAACGAGGAGAGACGGCAGCAAGGGGUUUGAACGCGAGAGAUGGGAUCGUUGGGCGCGGGAUCUAAGACGUGCUGAGGUCGCUUGCUCAUAUGAACGCAUGAAGAAGUUGAUUAGAGAUGCAUUGGCGCAUAUAAAGCGGGCGAUGAGAGGCCAUAGAUCUUAA